AUGGCACCCAUCGACGGCCAGCGCAACUCCCGCAUUCAGGCCAUGCUUCCAUCCAUUUCACGGAGCGCUAGCUACCGCAAGCAUGGGCGCGCACGCGGUGACGCUUCACCCGCCAUGCCGUCGCUUACCAUGACUUCCUCGCACCUUCUCGACUCCCAGGAAAGCACGACCCAAGACAAGGCUAGCAAGAAACCUGAGGAACGACGUCCAGACUCACCCAUACGUUGGACCGAUAUGAUUCCUCCCUCCCUUUCGCUGCCUUCCCACCUCAACGAAUCCGAUUCCGAUUCGCCGUCUGCGCCCACCCCUUCGGAUUCUGAUCAGGGGCAAGCAACGUCUGACGCGUCGGAGACAUCGACAACGCCCACAGACGGGAGGACACCCGACGAAGCGGAUUGCCUCGAGGAAGAAGCGGAGUCAGAGCUCGGGGACUUGUUCGACUCUGUCAAGCACUGCGUCGCCACCGCGGUCGAUACUCUCGUCGACUAUGGACCGGAUAUCUUGCAAGAUGUCCUUGAGCACUCAGGCGAGCUCCUGGGCUUGGUACCCGUGCCAGGACUCGGGACGGCGGCGAAGACCUUGCUCAUCAUCCUCCGGGAGACGAAGAAAGUGAGGAAGAACCGCAGCGAGUGCAUGCACCUCACACAGCGCUGCGCGCUGCUGCUCAUCGACGUGCGCUCCUGCCUUGAUCAACUUGGCGACGACCUGGCGGAGGAAUUAAGCGAUGCGGUAGCGAGGGUGACGCGGAAGAUGCUGGAGAUUCAGAUGUUCUUGACGAAGAAGAACGACAGUGCAUACUUCACUCGGCUCAAAGGAAGCUCGGACUUGGCGGUGGACAUCCAGCAGUACACGCGUCAGCUUGAUGCGGCGAUGGCGUCGUUCUCGACAUCAGUCAAGUUCUUGAUGUUGCGGCAGAUCCGUGUUCUACAUGCGAACAAGGAGAAGCUGCCCGCUUCUUCGUCUUGGAGGGCUUCCGAGCUGGCAGCUCAGGCCGCGGACCUCAUCCAGCGCGGCAAGAUCGCGACGACCAGUGCGGACGUUACCACACUUUUUGGAGAAAACUUUGGCGGACCGUGCUCAUCUCGUGCGAGCAGCGCCCGGACGAUGCCUGGCAACUUGACAGUCGUUAUUCCUCCAUGCGAUGCGACAAUACCCCCAGACUGCUCCCCGUGCUCCUCGACCUCGACGGAGAAGGACUGCGGCUCUCGCGCGCCUAGCCAAGCGCCCGAAGCGGACCCGCCGGCCACUCCGACUACCCCAGGCUCACCGCCGCUCCAGAUGGGCGUGGUUGACACCGCGCGCAAGGUCUGGCUGGGCGACGCGCGCACAAGCUGGCUCGGGAAUCCCGCGGACACGACCGUGCGCUACCCGUCGCUCUCCCCGGCGCAGAUCGCGCGCAUCAAGGCGCGGCUGAGAGGGGAGAUGCGUGAGUUCGACAUGCAGGAGAAGCUCGCGGAGCUGAGGAUUUUCAUCGAUUUGGCGGUGCAGAUGCGCGGUGCGCUGCUAGACUUUCUGGCGGAGGAGGGCUCGCAUAUUCCGCUGGCGUUGCGGGCGUUGAGUCAUUUGAGGGUGACUGAGUUGUCGGAGUAG